CUUGUAAUUAUUCCAUCACAGCAGCAAAGCAUUAAGAAUGUGCAGGAAAGUUUUGUAAUUAAGUAGAAUGGUUCAACAAACUAGAAGGGUGGUUGAGGACUAUGUUUUGUUUCGGAUCCACGAAACAAUCGCUUCCGAAUCGUACGACUCUUUUUCAUCCCGUUGUAAACUCGAGGAUCAAGCAUCCAGGGGGUUUCCCUUACCCCAGACUAACCCCGCUCGAUUGAAUGUUUCGAUUCGAAAGAUUGCGGCAGAAUACGAGAGAAGAUACAGAGAAACAUUUCCGGACUUACUGGAGGAGAUAAAGACAGUAAACAUGUCAACUGAUGACGUCGACAAAACAUUUUCGCGAAUCUGUAAAGAUUUAUUCCAACUUCCUCUCAAACGGAAUUACCCGGAUAACGCUAUGAAGUCACAAGCAACCAGCAACUCCAAGAUAUUUAUACAAAGUGACAUUUUGGAGGUGGAAGACAACCAUGUUAAAUGGGGACAUGUUAUUGCUUUGCUGGUGUUCGCAGCCAUUGUUGCUGUGCGGGCCGUGGAACUUAAAAAACAUGAACAAGUUGACGCGAUUGUUUCGUGGGUUUCAAAGUUUAUCGACACCGAGCUUACUGGGUGGCUGAACAAGCAGGGUGGAUGGGAAAACGUAAUUGAAUGGAGUGAAGCAGGAGAGACAAGACUUCAGUUACAAAAAGAUACGAGUUUCGAUCCAAAUAACUUUUCGUCAUCGUUUCGUUCAGCGAUAAGCGUUGGUGUUGUUGCUGCGUGCGUUGGGUUGGGAGCUUUAAUUAUGACCCGGAAGUGAAUUGUGUUUCAUGCAUAGGCGACAAACUUUUAAUAUUACAGGGGAGGCAGGGAUAGUUAGACAUCCAUUCAUAUACUUGGCACUAGUUUUUUCGGCAAAUGCGAGUUACAAAAAACAAUCUAACUAAUUGGUUGUAAUGUUUACUGAUUAUUGCAGUGUAGAAAAUUCUUGGGUAUGUCUGCCUACCCUGCCACCCCAGGUUUGGCGCCUAAUAUUUCAUGGUACAAAGCUGUGGUAUUCAUGUUCUAACUAUUGUAAUGAUUAUUCCAGUAAGAUUGUUGGUAAUAUUCACCCUUAAGCUGGUGCGUAUCUUGUUUAGUGUUGUAUCUUUGUUAAAUAAAUGUGAGAAAAAGAGCUUCUAAACGUGUACAUUAAGACCAAUGUUUCAUGGUCAUAAUACCCCAAGUACAUAGCAUGUACAAUGCUGGCAACUUUAGAUCCUUGUGCUAUAUAUAACUUCUUCUAUUUCUGUAUUUGUUUCAAUUCAAAUUUAAAUUCUUGUAAAUUCCCCUUUAAAUUGAGAUUUAAUUGGCAAAAGAUGUGAAAAUAAUGUUUACUUUUAACUGCACAUAACACGGAGCUUGUUUAAACUAAAUGUACAGAAUGUGCCUCGUUUAAUAACGAAGACAUUGUGAUUUUGGCAACUGUACAUAACUUCGCACUUACGCCAUCCACCAACGUAUUUCGCAUCCACAGUUGCUUCUGUAGCUUCCCAAUGUAUAUUCAGUGUACAGUUGCCCGAUAUCUAACACAGCAGAAACAGCACGCUGGUCGUUGUGUGUGUCAGCAUCCAUUGUUGUUAUCUAUUGUCGGUUCCUAUUAAAACUGAAUCAUGAAA